CCCUCAUGCCGCCUGGAUUAAGGUUUGUCCAAAAAGCCCGAUCAUUGUUCGCAAUCAACGUCGAGGCCCAUGUGCCCGGCCGGGCCGCGGAAAAGCCGUGGACCUGCCUCGGCAAGGUAUCUUUCUCACAAUGCCGCAUGAACUGGUAGGGAGCAGCCUGCAUGCCGGACAAAGUGGCUCUCCGACGCAGGAAACCGCCGGAUCGUGAAUUGCUUUUGCGCGCUUAACAGGCACAUGCGCCCGUGUCGCAUAUGCAUGCGCACAGCGUGGUGAUGGCAAGAGCGAAAAAUGCUUGCCUGAGGCCCGCCUUGGGAUGCCGGUGCCCUUAUCUCUCUGCAGCGGCCUGGACGUCUUAUAAAAAACGACGGGAAGUACACCCUGCUUUUUUUGCCCGUAGUGAUUACCCCAGAUUUGUCGAGCGGUUUCCUUGGAAAACAAUGGCUGACCAAGAGAAAGAUAUAACCCACGUGCCCAUCCAAGUCAAGGACGGGUCCUCGUUGGAUGCCUAUGAAAAAUCCAUCACGGACUCCGGGUUGGGCGAGACGUCUGAAGGCGGCUUGAAUUUCAUAAACCGAUUGGCUGUUAAGUUGAAUGCCGAGACCAAAGGUAUUGAGCUUGUUACAGACGAGGAGAAAAACGAUGACUCCAUCAUCAACGCCGCCAGUAUGUGGUGGUCUGCUAACAUGGUCAUUGCCACAUACUCGUUAGGUGCGCUUGGAAUCACGGUGUUCGGCUUGUCGUUUUUCCAAUGCAUCAUGUGCAUUGUGUUCUUCAACAUUUUGGGUGCCAUUCCAGUGGCCUACUUUUCUAUUUUCGGCGUCAAGUUGGGGCUUCGGCAGAUGAUCUUGUCGCGGUUCCUCGUGGGCGACUAUGCCCAGCGGAUCUUCGGGUUUGUCAAUAUGGUGGCGUGUAUCGGCUGGGGUGCUGUGAAUAUCAUGGCCUCGGCUCAAUUAUUGAACAUCAUCAACAACGGCGCAUGUCCACCAUGGGCGGGGUGCUUGAUUUUAGUGGUGUGCACAAUUAUCGUGACAUUUUUCGGCUACAACAUCAUCCACGCUUACGAAAAGUAUUCAUGGAUCCCCAAUAUGGUGGCGUUCAUUGCAAUUAUUGCCCGCUUGGCCAAGGCGCAGACUUUCACGUGGGGCACUACAGUGGGAGGCGAAACCACGGCCGGUAAUGUCUUGUCUUUUGGAGGAACCAUUUACGGUUUUGCCACCGGAUGGACCUCGUACGCGUCCGACUAUACCGUGUACCAGCCCAGAAACGCCAACGUGUACCGCAUUUUCUUUGGCAUCUUGAUUGGUUUGGUGCUCCCGUUGAUUUUCACCAUGACUUUGGGUGCCGCGUCUGCCACCGGCACUCUCACCAACACCAGAUGGGCCGAGUUGUACGAGGAAAACUCCAUCGGAGGCUUGGUGUAUGCGAUUCUCGUCGAGAACUCGUUGCACGGCUUCGGAGAGUUUUUGUGUGUGUUGCUUGCGCUUUCCACCGUGGCCAACAACAUUCCUAACAUGUACUCUGUGGCGUUGUCUGCUCAAUCAGUGUGGUCGCCUUUUAAGAGAAUCCCCAGAGUGUUUUGGACGGUGUCAGCCAACUUUGCCGUGUUGGCCAUCUGUAUUCCUGGCUAUUACCAUUUCGAGUCGGUCAUGGAGAACUUCAUGAGCAUGAUCGGCUACUACUUGGCCAUCUACGAGUGCAUGUCCUUGUCCGAACACUUCAUUUGGAACAGAAACCAGUGGAGUGCCUACGAUUACGAGAACUUCAACGACAAGACCAAGUACCCGAUCGGAAUCGCCGGUGUUUUUGGUUUCUGCUGCGGCUGUGCUGGUGUCGCGGUGGGUAUGAACCAGGUGUGGUACCAGGGCGUGCUUGCUAGAGAAAUCGGAGAGUACGGUGGAGAGAUUGGAUUUGAGUUGGCCGGUGCCUUUUCGGCCAUUGGCUUCAACUUUGCCAGGUACUUCGAGCGUAAGUAUAUCGGCCGCUAGAGAGCUGCGCCAUGUGUAACAAUAAUUUUAAUGAAAUAAGAACAAGGAAGAAA